AUGAGGUUGGUGUUUUUGGCAGUCACCGUAGCUAUUGUAAACGGCGUGCACGCGUCGAACUCGACUGCUCCCGACGACACGUGCGAUGUCGCGGGCCCCGGCUUGUGGAGCGCUCUGCUCGAGGAGUGGGCCACCUCCGCCGGAGAACGCCCAGGCAGGCAGGGUAGAAUAAUGGCGCUUCCUCCGUCCUCGGGCUACUACAUAACGGACCGCAUCGAUACGCCGCUAGUGCCGCCGCCCGCGCCACGUCCUACGGGCUCGCGGCCCUACGAGGAGUGGGCAGCCACGCCGCCGCCGCCGCCCGGCCCCGGGAAGAUAGUCAAUAGGCCCCCUAAUCCGUAUAAGGAUAAGUUCAAACCCAGCUACGAGUAUACACCUCCACAGCAAAACAAGCCAAUUCCAGCUUAUCCACAACAACCACAUCGACCAAAUUCCAUAGAUAGGUUAGAUGAUCCUCCACGAAAGCAGGUCACAGAGACCGACUUGUACUUGCUUUCGGCCAUUGAAAAAUUGGUGUACAGAGCCGAUGUAAUGGAAAAGAGGUUGAGAAAAUUAGAGGAGUCGAUGCAUGUAUUGGUAGCCGGUUCUAAUCAUCAUCCAGAGCCCUGUGUGGCAGAUUUCACGCGAGUCGGCGAAACAUGCUACCACUUGUCGGCGGCGGCGGCGGACUGGAAAACGGCCAACUUGGCGUGCCGCAAGCUGCGCUCCAACCUGCUGGAGCUUGAGGCCGAGCCCGAGCGCCGGCAGCUAUUUGCGCACUUGCUCAGCGAUAGCAAAAUAAAAGCACUGGACUGGUGGACCGGCGGGCUCAAUCCCGGCCUGCUCUGGAUCUGGUCCAACUCAGCGCGGCCCGUGUCGGGCGGCGCGGGCGGCAACGUGACCGUCGUCGGCGACGGCCGCUGCCUCGCGCUCAUCCACGACCCCGCGGCGCGCGCUUACGUAUACAGGGGCCAGGACUGCGGACUCAAACAUAGAUACGUCUGCGAGAAAGGAGAGGACAAGGCUAAACUCAGUAACGAGAUAGAGGCUGUCUCGAAGAACAAACUUACCCAGGAAACCACGUUAACCACGACUGAAACCCCCAACAAGCCUUCGACACAGUCCUAAUUUAUUUAAUCAAAGCGUUCACCCGCGGAGGUUUAUUUAUGCUAAUUUUAAACAUAAAAAAUA